AUGACGGAUCAAUCAAUUUUUGGUCGUUUUCAAGCGAAUGACGUUCCAUACGUAGCCUUUCGGGACGAUAAUGAAGAUCCUGAGGAUGAAUUUUCAGAUAGCAUGGUACUGCGUCCAACAGCGAGUACUUCGUCACGGACUGCACCUUCUACUUUCCAAAAUUUUACUACAAGCAGGCAACGUUAUCAACAUUUGCCCGAGGACGAUGAAAUUGAAGAUUCUGAUCCAGAAAGCAACGAGGCGCCCGCUUCCCUGAUAGUAGAGAUGCCUCAACCUCAACAGCCGCAACAGCGCAGUAGAAGGACACACCCAAGUCCAAAACCAGGAAUGAAUAUACGUGAAUUAACAAUGUGGAAAUGGGUCAACGUUGAAAAUUUAGACUUGUUUUUUGAGCAGGUUUAUGCGUAUUAUGUUGGAAAGGGUUUUUACUGCAUUAUACUAAGAAGAUUUUUAAACUUAUUGACGCUUGGAUUUAUCAUUAGCUUUACUACCUUCUUAUUGGAAUGCGUUGAUUAUUCUCUAAUAAAGCAUAAUAAUACAUUAUCUAAUGUUAUAAUACCUCAUUGUCUUAGUCGUCUAUCAGGCUGGUCAAUGUUAUUUACUACUUUAUUUUCUAUUGCUUGGGUGUGGCAAGCUGUGAGAUUAGUAUUGGACAUUCGUCGUCUAAUUGACAUGUAUAAUUUUUAUACAUAUCUUUUAAAUAUUCCUGAUCUCAGGGAUAAUAAUCCUACUACCUCUCAUCAGGGUCCUAACAAUAAACCUCAGCAACGUCUGGAUGCUCACAAUAUAACUAAUAGAAUUAUGCGUCAAGAGAAUUAUCUCAUCGCUCUCUUUAAUAAGGAUUUGUUAGAUCUCACGAUACCAAUUCCUUUUUUUAGACAGAAAAACUUUCUGACAAAGACUCUUGAAUGGAAUUUACGUUAUUGUAUCAUAAAUCAUGUUUUUAAUGACCAAGGUCAAGUCAGAAGACUUUUUGUUAAAGACACUAAAGGUGUCCAAAGGGAGAGAUUGACUCAAGGUCUACGUCGUCGCUUCAUCUUCAUGGGAAUUCUUAAUUUAAUAUUCGCUCCUUUUAUAGUAGUUUAUCUGCUCAUAUAUUUCUUUUUCCGUUAUUUUGAGGAAUACCGUAACAACCCGAAGAACAUUGGUUUGCGCCAAUGGUCUCCUUUUGCACGUUGGAAAUUUCGUGAAUUUAAUGAAUUACCUCAUUUAUUUAAUCAGAGAUUGGACAAAAGUUACAAACAGGCAAACAAAUAUGUUGAUCAAUUCCCAAGAGAAAAGACUGCCUUGCUUGCAAAGUUCAUAUCUUUCAUAGCUAGUUCUCUCACUGCCGUGUUACUUCUCGCAAGUAUUAUUGAUUCUGAGGUUUUUUUGGGGUUUGAAAUUUCGCCUGGUCGUACCGUUUUUUUUUAUCUCGGCUUGUUGGUCCCAGUUGUGGCUAUUAGUCGCGGAAUGAAUGUGGAAGAUCACGUCGUAUUUGACCCAACCGUCAGAUUAAAGAAAGUUGUAGAACAAACUCAUUAUUCCCCCGAUAAUUGGAAAGGAAAAUUAGAUACUGACGAUCAAAUUAUUGAUUUUUUUAGAGAAUUCACUGUGCAUGUAGACGGCCUUGGAUAUGUUUGCAGUUUUGCCGUAUUUGAUUUUAAGAGACAUGGCAACGUGAAGUAUGGUGCUCCAGCAGAAGUCGAAAAUGAAUAUUACCUUUCGAAAGAUGGUAAAAUGGAAAAGAGUUUUUUGAAUUUUAAGGCGAAUCAUCCUGAUUGGGAACCUACCGAUCCAGCUGGAUCUCUUUAUCUUAGUCGCCUUAAUUUUAGUAACCAAAUACACUCAGAACGCCAUAAUUCAAUUCGCUCUGCCCCUAUAGAUUCAAUACUAAAGAACAAUCGACGUAGUAUGAAUAAUGUUCAUUUCGGGUAUCCACCUGGUGCUUCUCAAUACAAUUAUGCUACCACUAGUGUUGGAAUAAAUUCCACGAUAGAUGAUAGACCAUCAUCAUAUGUACAUAGUAAUGCAUCACGAAGUGGUCGUAUUAAUGAUCAGUCCACUUCAGAAAUUCAAAGUUCACCAGAUUCAAGUCAAGAAGGACAUUUUGCGAGCGAUUUGAGUGGUUCGUACUACUUAACUGGAACAAAAAAUACGAAUUUAUCUGAAUCUAAUGAACCUGAUGGACCACGACAUCAUGGUGUAAUUGGAUUACUAAACCAAUUUUAUGAACUUAAUAAUUCGUCUAUGUAG